AUGACCAAAGAAACCUCAGAGACACUAUUUCGUAUUUGCAAUGAGAUCCAAUCACCGAUAGCCCAGCUAUUCUUCAAGCCCUUCAGCAGGCCGUAUGUCGUCUUGAAUGACCCACGCGAAGUACAAGACAUCCUCAUCGUACUGCCCCAGUGCACCCUUGCCCAGCAGACCACGCCGAAGCUGAAGGCGCAGAAAAGGCUGUGGUCCGAUGUUAUGGGGACCGGAUUCCUGCGUCGAGUUGUGGCACCUCGUCUGCACGACGCUGGCAUUGAUCUGGUUGAGUACUGGCGCCUCAAGGCUGCGAAAAACGAUGGUGAAGCGUUUUAUGUGUAUGAAGACUUUGAAUGUGCCGCAUUAGAUGCCAUCUGGGCCGCUAUCAUUGGAACGCACUUGGGUUUAAUUCGUGAAAAGAUGCGGAGCAUGCAGCCUGACUACGAGGCUGGCGCCGCUAUGUCAGCAGAAUCUGAUGUAGAUGGAGUCGGUGCGUCAGCAGUGACAGGGCGCAUUAUCCGCGAGGGCAUCGGAUAUAUUAACCAGGUCGUGGAGGAGGUGGUCUUGUCACCAUUCCCUGCCAUCACUCGAUGGUGGAUUCGAAAGCGACCGGCAUUGCUGAGGCACAGGAGAGAGAUGGAAAAAGAGAUUCGUAAAGUCAUCAUCGCAUCCUGCGAGAGAUUUGACAAGGCCAUUGAGGCUGGCUACGGAGAUGAUGAGGCCUUGGACACUUGUGCUAUGGACUUGGUCCUUCGGAGGGAGAUCUUGACCGCGAAGAAGAAAGGCCUGCCAAUGCCUACGCCUGCUAGUGAUCCUUCAUUCCAGAGCGAGCUACAGCUACUCUUGCAAGCUGCUGCUGACUCCACGUCGCAUACGCUUUCCUGGUUCGUUAAGUUCAUGAGUGCCUAUCAGCAGGUUCAGACCAAGUUCCGAGCGGAGUUGAGACGCGUAUUUCCAGGGCCAGGACUACCUUCCGCGGCACAGAUAUUAGACACCGAUAUCCCUUACCUCGACGCCGUAGUAGAGGAGACACUUCGCCUCUCCGUGACGGCGGGCGUAGUUCCGCGAGAGGUGGUCAUCGACACCCAGAUACUGGGAUGUCACAUUCCCAAAGGAACUAUAGUCUUCUUGAGCACGCGAGUUCAAGCGGAGCCUCUCCGUAUUGCCGAAGAGCGUCGUUCCGACUCCAGCAGAGCGGCAAUAGAGAAGCGCAGUUACCACGGCUUACAUGGCCAAGAGGCGCAAAAUCUCGACGUGUUCGAGCCGAGUCGGUGGAUCACACCAGAUGAAAAGGGUAAUGAGAUGUUUGACGUGAACACUCUACCCACGCUUUGGUUCGGAGGCGGAUUCAGGGGCUGUUUCGGGCGAAAAUUGGCAAUGCAGGAGUUACGCAUCAUGGCUGCUUUGCUUGUGCUCAGCUUUGAGUUCCUACCACUCCAGGAACACUUGAGCAGCAUGGUGGGCGAGGAGCAUGGACUUUUCCGAAGGCCAGCAAAAUCAUUCGCGAGAAUUAGGGCUCUCUAA